CAGGGGCGGGUUCUUCGUGCGGCCGGAGUUCCGUCAGCCUUAAAAUUGAGGAUUAGGGGGUGCUGUUGAUUCGGGGUGAUUCAGAUCGGUGUCGGGUUCGGAGCUGGGAUCGGAACCGCGUUUUGGAACAGAAGGCGGUGUGAGCGAUUUGGGGGAACGGGCAAUCGGGACAGUCCGUGGCGCUGCACAGUGUAAUCGCUCUAAAUACAGGGGAGAGUCCGGGGGCCGCGGCAGGGCCUUUGAGGAGGGGCAGGCGGGGAAGGGGGAGCCGAGCCGGGUGGACCGGACCGGGCACGACCCGGGGGGGAAUAAACAGACCAGCAACACUAACCACCGAGUGAUCCCAGGGGGUGGACUAACUGAGCGAAAUACUAGCGAGUAAAGAGACCCAGCCGGACCCGGCAAGAAGGACCGAGAGCAGGGAAAGAAGCGAGCCGGGGCUGAAGCAUCGCAGAGCCCAGCUGGAAGGAUGGGCAACACGCCCACGGCAAAAAAAGGCAGCGAGAUGGAGAGUGUGAAGGAGUUCCUCGCAAAAGCCAAAGAAGAUUUUCUGAAGAAAUGGGAGAAUCCAGCACAGAACACAGCCUCUCUGGAUCAGUUUGAGAGGAUGAAGACUCUGGGUACAGGGUCAUUCGGGAGGGUCAUGCUGGUGAAGCACAAAGAGACAGGCCAGCAUUUUGCCAUGAAGAUCCUGGAUAAACAGAAGGUGGUGAAGCUCAAACAGAUCGAACACACGCUGAACGAGAAGAGAAUCCUCCAAGCAGUCAGCUUCCCAUUCCUGGUCAGGCUGGAGGACUCCUUCAAGGAUAAUACCAACCUGUACAUGGUGAUGGAGUACGUGCCUGGGGGGGAAAUGUUCUCACACCUCAGGAGAAUUGGACGCUUCAGUGAGCCCCACGCUCGCUUCUAUGCUGCCCAGAUCGUCCUGACCUUUGAGUAUCUUCACUCUCUCGACCUCAUCUACAGGGACCUGAAGCCAGAGAACCUGCUGAUCGACCAUCAGGGAUACAUCCAGGUAACAGAUUUUGGGUUUGCCAAGCGGGUGAAAGGCAGGACCUGGACGCUGUGUGGGACCCCAGAGUAUCUUGCUCCCGAAAUCAUCCUUAGCAAGGGUUAUAACAAAGCAGUGGACUGGUGGGCCCUGGGGGUGUUGAUUUAUGAGAUGGCAGCGGGGUACCCCCCCUUCUUUGCAGACCAGCCCAUCCAGAUCUACGAGAAGAUCGUCUCUGGGAAGGUCCGGUUCCCUUCCCAUUUCAGCUCGGACCUGAAGGACCUGCUGCGAAACCUGCUGCAGGUGGACCUGACCAAGCGCUUUGGGAACCUGAAGAACGCGGUCGUCGACAUCAAGACCCACAAGUGGUUUGCAACGACCGACUGGAUCGCAAUAUACCAGAGAAAGGUGGAAGCCCCUUUCAUCCCCAAGUGCAAAGGCCCGGGUGACACCAGCAACUUCGACGACUACGAGGAGGAAGAAAUCAGAGUGUCCUUCACAGAGAAAUGUGGCAAGGAGUUUUCAGAGUUCUAGAGUCGGCCCAGAAGAGAGAGAGAGAGAGAGAGAGAGAGAAACCAAGAGGAGAGCCCUGCUUUGUCAGCUACAAAACUACAAGCAAACCACUGAAUCAGCUCCGUGAAGAAGACCAUUGCACACCAACGCUGUUUAUUUACUUUUUUUUAAUACAUUUUGUUAAUUUUGGGUUUGGUUGGGUUUUAAAAUGGACAGGGUAAAUUCCUGGCUCAGUACAGUACAGUAACAUUUUAUUUUCUACAUUUUUAAAUGGUUUUAUCCAAUUUGACCCCUUAAAUAUAGGAAUACAGUAUACAGCUUUUGGAAUAUAUUCAGUUAUUAAAGCUGUAAAUGUGUGUGUUUUUUUUCCAACAAUAAUUAAAGGGUGUAACAUACAUGGUAUUGUAAAAAGCUGAUUUUGAAAAUGUUUCCUGCAUUUCUAACGUGCUGUCACCAAGGUUUGCAGUUCCCCGUUGUACUUUUAAACUCGAUUUAGCAAAGACAUUUCGCACUGUUGAACUAGAUCAAAUUGAGGCUGUGUUGUGUUUUGUGUUUUUUUUAUUAUAUAUAGAGACCACACUCAGCCUUUUUUAGGUUCGAAUGUUAGUUUGUAACAGUAUAUUUAGACCUCUCUUCAUUGGCGCAGAGAGAGAUGAAAAUGACCAGACCACUUUUAAGGUCAGCUAGAAAACGGACUCCCUGUCGGAGCUUCAGAACAGAGGACUGGUUGGAAUGGCUGUGUUGUGAACAGACACCAGAACCAUUUCCAGAUGACCCGUUCUUGCGUAAUCUUUCUGGGAAUGGGGUAAUUGUAAAGUUGUUUUGUAGCUCUGUAGCGUAGAUUGUGUUCGUCUGCCAACCCCUUUCAAGAAGAUUUCCUUUUCUGUGUUUUAUUACACUGUUGUCUGCUUACUUUACAUCACACUGUGAAAAGAAGUUUUAAAAUUCCCAGGAAAGAAAUGUGUUUUAACUAAGGGGGGGGGAAUCAAAACAACUCUGGCUAAUUGUUACCAAAAGCUGUUCAAAAUGUAUUCAUUACCGUAAAUGUUUUCCGUUUCGUCACUGUUUCUUUAAUAUGCAUCCAUCGUAAACUCCAGAAAAUUAAAAAACCGAACGAAUGCCUUGCAAUAGUGUAGGACCAAUAACCCAUUGUGAUGUAGAUUUAUUUGUCCCCGUACUUGGUAAAUGAUCUACCUGUAUUGAGAAAGGAGUGCUGUGCACUGUAUCUGAUACAGCUCGAAUUCUUUCCAUGGUUUUUGGUGGCUGAUUGUGGCAGUUUGUACAGCGGAAGCGAAGCCAGUGAAGAUGUAUGGGUUUACUCAUGUGAUUUAUGGGAAUUGUAAUUAUUGUGAUAAUUGUAGGCCAGUUAUCUAAAACCGAAAAUGGCAUCCACCCCUGAUAAGUUUGUAAACUCCACUCUGAGAACCAGCUGAACUGUGUUGUAUUUAAAUAAUCCCUGGACAGCCAUGCUGAGCGUUUGUGGGGCAAUGGGGGGAAAAACCUCAAGCAGCAUGGAAGAAAGAGGACUAUUAAACGUGAACCUCCCUGGCACGUUUUGAGCACUUCGAGGGGGAUCCGUUCCAGUAUCGGUGCUGCAGGGUACAGCAUGUAAAUCCGAAAUAUCAAAUCGAUUCUGAGAUAUUGCUGGAGACACAGCACAGGAAAGUAAAUUGUUCUAAACACUCCAUGGUGCUUCAGUAAAGCUUUCAUUUAAUUAAACACUCUAUGUAAAUCUUGAAAUAUCUGAAGCAAGUCAUGCACCAGACGACCAGCGCCACCUUGUGGUUUGGAGGCAAAACUUGGUGUGUGGCUGUUGAAACAAACAAAGUUGAGGGGAUUGUUAUUUUGUGGUGAAUUUUGUAUGAAAUGUUAAAUAUCGUGUGUCCUCUACAGAGGCGAGUGUGUUUAAACUGAGGGAGUCCAGUUGUACAGUAAUGUGGAAAUGCCUCCAGCACUGCAGUAAACUUUUGCUUUCCAAGAUCAGUGUUUUAUGAAGAUGUGUACGCUGUUUGUUUGUGAUCAACAUCAUGUUUAAAUGCGCUGGCUUUGUCUAAUUUUGUUUAUUAUUUUAUCAUGUGUUUUAAAGCCAAGUGAACCGUCAGUCCUCUUGUUUACGAUCAUAAGUUAUUGCCAGAGUUCUGAUUGGUGAAAGCACACUGUCCAAUGGUAAGGCAAGAUUCCCUACCAGGUACUGUAUGUAAACUGAGACCUGAACGGCAUUCCCCUCUUAAUGAAAAGCUGUCAUCCAUAGCUUAAACAAUCAAUACUAAAAGAAAGUAAAGCCAAACGUUUUGACUAGAAGUCGCGAAGGAAUUGACACAUGCUUCUCGUCUUUGUCAUUUUAUUAGGUUUCUUAAUGAAACCCGUAGAUUGUGGCUGUGACGAACAGACAUGGUGAAUCAAAACGCUGAACCUUUUUUUUUUCCUGCCUUCUCAUUGAAGUGUUUCUGGACCAUGUUAUGCUAUACGCAGAUAUGCUGGAGUUGUGUACAGAACUAUUGGGCAGUCAUUGAGUCCAGUUACACGUUGGCAACAGAAACUGUAUUUUAUAUUUUAAUUUGUUACGGAGGCUGAAUACCCAACUCGGACGCCCAGAUCAACCAGAGCUGUAACCUGGAGUGAGGGUUUUUCUCUCUCUUUCUCCGAGCUGGAAAAUGAUUGCCAUCUCCUUUUUUUUACUUUUUGUCAUUCACUUUUAAACAAAUACAUUUCAGUCUUAGGUUUUUUUUGGGGGGGAGGGGGGGGUAUGCUUUUUUUAUUUCUAAAUGUAUGAACAAUCACAUGAUUUCUUUUCUCGUUUGUUUUAUUUCUUCCCGAGACACAGUUAUUGGUGUGUAGUUAAACCCUUCCCUCCCCAAACACCACCACCGGAACGAAGUUUUUUUUUUUUUUUUUUUUUUUUAAAUCCUCCAUUUCUGCCUUUUCACAGUCUUACAUCUUCCUUUUUAUCUCUUCCAUUAGAGAAUCUUAAACGACAAAGACAAAAAAAAAGACAAAUACAAUUAUAAAAAGUUUUAAAAAGUCUGUAAUAUUUUGCAACAUAAGUAUCAUUCCAAUAAAGUUUUAAUUGGUAAAAUUGAA